UUUACACUGCUUCUACCCUAGGGAGGGUAAGGAUGACGAUUACAAAGAAACACGAGCGCGCGUUGUUCUGUUUUAAGAUAUGUCCAUUGUACUGCUCCCCGAGGCGAUAUGACGAGGAUGCAGCAUCAACGAUUUAUAUAGACGACGAUGUACCGUAUCAUUCAUAUCAACCUUAUAUAGAAGAUGACCAUUAUAUAAACAGACACCCGUACCACCAUGGUCACUAUGUGUGGUGUGUUCCGAAACCAACUACGACCACACCGAAGCCCACCACAACCACUAUGGCCACGACCACGCAAGAACCCUCAGGUCUUUGUAUUAUGUGCAUGAAGAAAUGUAGUUAUCGUAAAUAA